GUGGGAUGGGGCCUCUCCAGAAAGCUGAACGAGGCAUCUGGAGCCCGAACAAACCUCCACCUUUUUUGGCCUCGACGGCGGCAACCCAGCCUCCCUCCUAACGCCCUCCGCCUUUGGGACCAACCAGGGGAGCUCAAGUUAGUAGCAGCCAAGGAGAGGCGCUGCCUUGCCAAGACUAAAGGGGGAGGGGGAGAAGAGAGGGAAAAAAGCAAGAAUCCCCCACCCCUCUCCCGGGCGGAGGGGGCGGGAAGAGCGCGUCCUGGCCAAGCCGAGGAGUGUCUUCCACUCCGUGCGUCUCUCUAGGAGCGGCGCGGGAAGGAUGCUGGUCCGCAGGGGAGCGCGUGCGGGGCCCGGGAUGCCGCGGGGCUGGACUGCGCUUUGCUUGCUGAGUUUGCUGCCCUCUGGGUUCACGAGUGUCAACAACACCAGUACUGUUACCCCAAAGUCACCUACCCAGGGAACAUUUUCAACUGUUUCUACAAAUGUAUCGUACCAAGAAACUGCAAUACCUAGUACCCUCGGAAGUACCAGCCCACACCCUGUGUCUCAACAUGGCAAUGAGGCCACAGCAAACAUCACAGAAACUACAGUCAAAUUCACAUCUACCUCUGUGAUCACCUCAGUUUAUGGAACCACAAACUCUUCUGUCCAGUCACAGACCUCCGUAAUCACCACAGUGUUCACCACCCCAGCCAACAUUUCAACUCCAGAGACAACUUUAAAGUCUAGCCUGUCACCUGGAAAUGUUUCAGACCUUUCAACCACUAGCACUAGCCUUGCAACAUCUCCCACUGAACCGUAUACAUCGUCUCCUCCUAUCCCAAGUGUCAUCAAGACAGAAAUCAAAUGUUCAGGCAUCAAAGAAGUGAAAUUGACUCAGGGCAUCUGCCUGGAGCAAAAUGAGACCUCCAGCUGUGUGGAGUUUAGGAAGGACAGGGGAGAGGACCUGGCCCGAGUGCUGUGUGGGGAGGAGCAGGCUGAUGCUGAUGCUGGGGCCCAGAUAUGCUCCCUGCUCCUUGCCCAGUCUGAGGUGAGGCCUCAGUGCCUACUACUGGUCUUGGCCAACAGAACAGAAAUUUCCAGCAAACUCCAACUUAUGAAAAAGCACCAGUCUGACCUGAGAAAGCUGGGGAUCCUAGAUUUCACUGAGCAAGAUGUUGCAAGCCACCAGAGCUAUUCCCGAAAGACCCUGAUUGCGCUGGUCACCUCGGGAACCCUGCUGGCUAUCUUGGGCAUCACUGGCUAUUUCCUGAUGAAUCGCCGCAGCUGGAGCCCCACAGGAGAAAGGCUGGGCGAAGACCCUUAUUACACGGAGAACGGUGGAGGCCAGGGCUAUAGCUCAGGACCUGGGACCUCCCCUGAGGCUCAGGGAAAGGCCAGUGUGAACCGAGGGGCUCAGGAAAACGGGACCGGCCAGGCCACCUCCAGAAACGGCCAUUCAGCAAGACAACACGUGGUGGCUGAUACCGAAUUGUGACUCGGCUAGGUGGGGCAAGGCUGGGCAGUGUCCAAGAGAGCACCCCUCUCUGCAUCUGACCACAUGCUGCCUCCAUGCUGGAGGUGACAUCUCUUACGCCCAACCCUUCCCCACUGCACACACCUCAGAGGCUGCUCUUGGGGCCCUACACCUUGAAGAGGGGCAGGUAAACUCCUGUCCUUUACACAUUCGGCUCCCGGGAGCCAGACUCUGGUCUUCUUUGGGUAAACGUGUGACGGGGGAAAGCCAAGGUCUGGAGAAGCUCCCAGGAAUGAUUGAUGGCCUUGCAGCACUCACACAGGACCCCCUUCCCCUUCCCCCCUCCUCUCUGCCUCAUUACAGGAACCCCUAGGGGAAAGAUGGGCUUUUCUAGGCUACAAUUUUCUCCCAGGAAGCUUUGAUUUUUACUGUUUCUUCCCUAUAUUUUCUUUCUCUACUUUGAGGAAACCAAAGUAACCCUUUGCACCUGCUCUCGUGUAAUGAUACAGCCAGAAAAACGUCUUGAACUACUUCCCUUAUCUCUUCUCCAAGACACUGUGGACUUGGUCACCAGCUCCUCCCUUGUUCUCUAAGUUCCACUGAGCUCCAUGUGCCCCCUCCACCAUUUGCAGAGGCCUGCACAGUUUUCUGGCUGGAGCCUAGAACGGAUCUCCCAAGUUUUAGGACAAACAGCUCAGUUCUAGUCUCUUUGGGGCCACACAGAAACUCUUUUUGGGCUCCUUUUUCUCCCUCUGAAUCAAAGUAGACAGGAUCAUGGGACCGGGUCUUGGAGCUGAGCCUCUCACCUGUACUCUUCUGAACAAUCCUCUUCCUCUGAGGCUGGGUCCUGGCCUUAUCCUCUGAUCUCCAUGACUUCCUCCUCCCUCCUGCCGACUCCUGGGUUGAGGUGAGGCCUCAGUCCCCCAGAAGAUGCUUUUCUGUCUCAGUCUCAGUCUGCCCAAUCACCCGGAAUUCGGAAGUCCUGAGUCCGUAGUUUUCCCUUCCAUCAUAUCAUCCUGCUCUUCUGCUUCCCUCACCCUGAGCCCCUUCAUUGCUCUGCACCUCCAUGUGGUCAGAGACCCAGAUCAGCUCCUAACCCUUAUCACCAGCUGCCUCUUCUGUGGGUGACCCAGGUCCUUGUUUGCUGUUGAUUUCUUUCCAGAGGGGCUGAGCAGGGAUCCUGAUUUCAAUGACGGUUGGAAAUAGGACUUUCCAGAGAAGAGAGGAUUGGGUAGAUAUUUUUUCUGAAUACAAAGUGAUGUGUUUAAAUACUGCAAUUAAAGUGAUUCUGAAACACA